GGGCGGGGAACAACAGAACAGCAAGGCACUUCGGAGUUCCGAUCGCGAUCUGAAGGAUUUUUCCAAGAUGCAGCAACUGUAGUUUAUCUCAGGAAGAGAAUCAUUGUAAUAGGAGGAAGAGUGAAAAUGUCUAGAAACGUUCUGUCGUUGUUCAGUCAGCUUUUUGGACGGACACAUGGCGUUGUUAUUGGCAUGAUACACGUCAAGGCUCUACCGGGCAGUCCGAGGCACACCCAAGCCAUGAGGGAUAUCAUCCGUCUAGCUUGUAAGGAGGCAGAGGGCUACAGUCAAGCAGGUGUGGAUGGUAUAAUGAUUGAGAACAUGCACGAUGUGCCCUACCUACCAGCUGAUCGGCUAGGGUCAGAGGUCACCGCCAGCAUGACGGCAGUGGCCUGCAAGGUACGGGAGGUGUGUCCAAGCAUGCCUUGCGGUGUGCAGAUUCUGUCUGGCGCCAACCAGGAGGCGUUGUCUGUUGCGCAUGCAGCAGGUCUUGAUUUCAUCCGAACUGAGGGUUUCGUCUUCUCUCACGUCGGUGACGAGGGACUGAUGAACUCCUGCGCCGGUGAACUGCUGCGAUUCAGGAAGAACAUCGGCGCCGAGAACGUGAAAGUCUUCACGGACAUCAAGAAGAAACACUGCUCCCAUGCCAUCACAGCAGAUGUUGGGAUAACUGAGACAGCGUUAGCUGCCGAGUUCUUUGGUAGCGAUGGAGUCAUUGUAACCGGCAGUGCUACGGGUCAAGAAGCUAGCCAACAGGAAAUAAAAGAUGUCCAGAAAUCUGUCAACAUCCCAGUCCUGGUCGGUUCCGGAGUGACCAUCGACAACCUGGAGCAGUAUCUCGGUGCUAGCGCCCUCAUCGUCGGGUCGCACUUCAAGCACAACGGACUGUGGCACCACGAUCCCGACUUCGCCAAAGUUCAGCGGUUCAUGAGUGAAGUCAAACGUCUGCGCGGCGACCCGGCGAAAUGACGGUAAGCCUGAA